CCUUUGCCAGCAAACUUCUUUAACUUGGACUUCGAUGGCUGGCUUUACCAAAAUGCAACUUCCACUUCUUCAACUGGAGAGUCUCGUCAGCUGUGGUCCAUGUUGUUCCUAGCCCUCCUCUGGUACAUCUAGAAGAGUAGAAAUGCUUUGAUCUUUGAAGACAAGCGGCUUCCACCCCAAAUUGUGCUUCAACAGGCUACUUCCUUAGCUAUGAACACCAAAUUAGCACUGGCUACGCAGAUUUCAAGCCGUCCUCGAGUCUCUCGUUGGGUAAGAUGGUACCCUCCCGAUCUUCCUUUCUUUAAGCUAAAUACAGAUGGGGCCAUGAAUCAUGCUACAACGAAAGCGAGUGCUGGUGGAUUGAUUCGAGAUCAUGAAGGUUGUUGGGUCCAUGGUUUUUCUUUGAGCAUUGGCCAUCAAUCCAGUUUUAUGGCAGAGCUUUGGGGGUGCAGAGAGGGUUCGCGCAUGGCAUCUGAUCUCGGAAUCACCCAUUUGAUCCUGGAAAUGGAUUCUUUUCUAGUGGUUCACAUGCUGCAGGCAAAGAAAGGGGUGGAAGGCUUAGCUUGGACCCUAUUUUCUGACAUUCUCCAUCUUCUAAGAACGUUUUCUGAGUAUCAUGUGCAGCAUACUUUUAGGGAGGGUAACUUUGCAGCAGAUUAUAUGGCUGCUAUUGGCCAAAACCUCUCUCAUGGUGUCACUAUGUUUCCAGAGCCUCCGGUCGGAAUUGCAAGCAUUCUUAAUAGGGAUGCCAUAGGGACGUUGUUCCCUCGGUCUUAGUUUUUUUGCUUUGUUUUUAUCUCUUAUGUACCAAAAAAAAAAAUAUUUUUUUGGUACUAAUUUUUUAGUAUCUAAUAGCCACAUUGAGUUCCAUAAAAAAGAAGUUCUUUU